GCUGGGAAAUAACCUUUUCACAAUAUAUAUAUAUAGAGAGAAAAUUUUUCAAAAAAACUUUAAAAAAUUUGUUUGAACUCUUUUUUGAACUUAUUUUAUACAGUGGAAGGAUAAGAGUAAAGUGGAACUUCCGCAGCUGUAAAACAAGAUAACCAAGCCUCAGGUGCCUGUCCGCGAACAAAUCCCGGCGUUUCCUUAAAGCAUUUGUCGGCAAAUAAUGCAGGGUUAAUGAUUACCACACAGAAUGCCGUUUCCAAACACGGUGUUAGUUCUCAAAGACUGACUGAAUUAAAAUCUGUAGAUCACCGUCAACGUGAACAUAUUGCUCCUCUUGCAAGCUGUAAUUUGUAAACACUGAAAGAACGACACAGUAACUAGAGUAAGUUUUGUGACAAUGGUUGCCGGGUUUUCGGGCCAGGAUCCUGUCUCUGAUGUGGUUUUGGUAGUUGAAGCUACAGCCAACCUUGGAGCCUACUUCGAUGAUCUCCUGAAAUCGUACGUUCUGCCCACUCUCGAACACUUUGAUGGUGGCCCACCUUCAGAAAUUGAUUAUGGCUUUGAUUACAACUGUACCCUGUACAGCCUGGUAAUGUUUGGUGCGGCAGACUGUGGCCCAGACCCAGCAGCCAGGUGCCGAGCUCCCACCACCAGCACCAGUGAGCUGCUCUCAUGGAUUGAUGGUGUACAGUUUGUAGGAGGAGGAGGUGAAGAAAGAAGCUUUGUGGCAGAGGGUUUAAGCACUGCUUUGCAGAUAUUUGACGAUUACAACAAAGUUCGUGAUCAGAAUACUCAGACCAACAAGUAUUGCAUAUUGGUAUGUAACUCGCCACCAUAUCAGAUUCCCAGCCAAGAAAGUAUCAAAUAUUCUGGUUACAAUGCCGAAGACUUAGCACAUAUGAUGGGACAGAGAGGGAUUAACUUAUCAGUUAUCUCGCCAAGAAAAAUCCCAUCAUUAUGCAGAUUAUAUGACAAGGCAAAUCAUGAUCACAGUCCACCUAAGGACUACACAAUUGAUCCAAGACAUCUAGUUUUAUUGAGGGGAUAUUCUUUACAAGAGCGCCCACCAAGCCCGGGUGGAGAUAAAAUACAAGACAAGUCAAUUCAAAAACUCCCCGCCAAAGUUGGUAGCCCAGCAGCUGGCAGUGCUUCUUCAGUUCUGGCCUCUGCUCCUACUGCUGCCACUGUGUCAGGUAGUCAGACUCUUUAUAAGUCUCUAGGUGAUUCUGGAUUCCGAAUACCAGUCCCUGCUAGUGUUUCUGCACAACAGCCACAAGAAGCUUCUGUUUCACAAUCUUCUGCUCCACAACCAACUACUCGACCCACAGGGCCUGUCACUUCACAGCCACCGCUUAUGUCACAGAUCAGAUCACCCAUCUCACAGACACAAACGUCUUCUGCUCCGGGCCCACCUCAUAUAUCAUCAGGACCAGGAACAAUGCUACAGCAACACCCCACAUCUAUUGCACCGCCAGCUUCUCAACCUACAUCUGCCGCCAGUGGAAUGGGGCUUCAAAGGCAUCCCCCACCAAAUGUACUUGCUUCAACACAGGCACAGCAGUUGACCACAACUUUGAAGGGUCAAAAUGCUAAGGAAGUGACAAAGAUGAUAUUGGAACAAACUAAGCCUGGAAAUAUACGCCCUUCAUCCCAGUUUACACAGCAACUGCAGCAGCAGCAGCAACAACAACAAGGCAUGCAGCCUGGGCCAGGUCCUCCCCUCUCUCAGCAGCCAGGCCUACACAUGCCCCCUGUCUCCCAACCCUUACCCAUGGCAUCUUACCAGAGCCAGCUGCCCACCCAGUCCCAGCCCACCACAUCUCUAACCAGUGCCACGGGAAUGGGGACAGUGAUGAGCUCACAGGCCUCCCAUCAGAAUUUUCAAGGUGGUGGGAUGAAGGCACCACCCCAGCAAGGAGGCAUGAUGGUUGGUGGUGGACAGUCUGGCAUGAUGACAUCACAGCCAAAUAUGAUGACACCACAGCAGCAGCAGCAUAUGAUGACAUCACAAUCUAAUUUGAUGUCAUCUCAAGCUAGCAACAUGAUGAUGACUUCAUCACAGUCCAACAUAAUGCCCUCUUCUCAACCAAAUUUAAUGAGUUCACAGAUGAACAUGGGCAACUCACAAAUAUCUCAACCAGGUAUGAUGUCAACCCAAGGAGGUAUGAUGACAUCACAGCAACAGCAACAACAACCACAACAGCCAGGAGGUCCACAAAACGUGAUGGUCUCACAACAGAACAUGAUGGCACAAUCUCAAAACAACAUGAUGCCAGCGCAGAACAAUAUGGGGCCAUCUCAGAGUGACAUGAUGACACAAGGGGGGAUGUAUCAGAAUCCUAACAUGCAGAGUGGUCUAAGAAACCCAGGUCCACCCCAGUCUCGGAUGCCCAUGCAGAGUAAUGUCCAGCCUGGUGUACCUAUGGGGCAAAUGGCAAAUCAGCCCCUGGAUAUGUUAAUGGCGGGCCCAGGGGGAGGCCUUCUUGAUAACCCUGCUUCAAGAGCUGGAGCCAAAGAUCUGUGGACUGGUGCUUUGGAGUGGCAGGAGAAGACUAAAACUGGAAAUACUACAGAUCCUGGUGCUAAGAUUAUAAGAUCUCUACCUUGUAAAGUUUAUAUCACUCAAGGGGAGCAAGAAGUCAAUGCUUCAAUAUGGCCCAACAAGCUCCAAAUGCAGCUGAUACCCCAAGCUAUUCUUCAGUCCCUCCAGUCUUUGUUCAGAAAUUCCAGAACAGUUUCAUUCCAGUUUGCAAACACAGACAAAGAGGCAAUCAAAAGCUUGUACAAAAUACUUUCUCAAGGCUUUGCUGGCUAUAUUCACUUCCCCACUAUGUCUCAAGUGGAUGUUCGUGUGGUGCUCCUAUUGUACAGUACAAAGAUGAAGAAGUUUGUGGGACUGAUUCCCAAUGACCAGAACAGUUUCAUCAAUGGCAUCAAGAUUGCUGUCACCAAACACAAGACAAUGCAGCAAAUGAAGAUGCAGCAGCAGUUACAGCAAAGAGGGAUGAUGAAUCAAAUGGCUGGUGGUGUGCAGCAGCCUCCACAAUCCCAACCUGGAAUGCAAACACCACAACAGCCCUUGUUGGGGCAAAAUAGCCAAUUCAGUCAAGCUGCCACACUGACAACACAACAACAACAACAGCUGCAACCUCAGCAGCAAUCACAACAGGUUGCUCAACAACCACAAUCACAACAGUCUCAGAUGAUGGGGCAAGCAGAUCAGUUUAAUCCUUCUGGCCCCAUGCCAGGCCCUGGACCACAGCAACCACAACAAAGGAUACCAGCUACCAUGAUGGGUGGGCCACCUCUGCCUGGACCCCCUGCAGUUGGACCCCCGUCAGUGCCCAGUGGCAUGAUGGGUCCCCAACAAGUGUCCAAUGUGAAUCAGAUGGGAAUGGCAGGCGGAGGGCUUACUAUAUCAGAUCAAGAGCGCCAGGCCAAUCUGUCAACAAUUCCAAUGCUCCAGAGGGCGCUAGCUGCAGCACAGGCCAAGGAGAAGCAGUUCCAAACCCAAAGGCAGAUUGAUGAGGCCAGAGCCCAGCACACAUUGGUUCAACAAAGACAGCAACAAUUGCAGCAGGUUCAACAACAGCAACAGAGAUUACAGUUGCAGCAACAACAGCAGCAGCAGCAACAACAACAGAAUCCUAGUAACCCACAGCUUAAGCAGAUUCUCAUUAAUCAACAGCAGCAACAAGCACAACAACAGCGAUUACAUCAGCAGCAGUUGUUAAUGCAGCAGCAGCAGCAGCAACAACAGCAGCAGCUGCCCAGAGGUCCUGGGCCCCAGGGCAUGGGACAAGGCAUGGGACAACCUGGCAUGCAACAAUCAGGCAUGGGGCAGAUGGGACAACUGGGACAGAGUCAGCCAUUUGGGGAUGGAUUUGAUUUAGAAUCCCUUCUGUAGUGGUCUAAGUAAACUGAGAUGAUGAACAUUUGUGUUACAUACUAGCUAGGCUAAUGCUAUUUUAAGCCAUCAUGUGGAAGUUUUUUUGCUGAAGGAAAUGUUUUUCAUUUAUUUUUGUUUAUCCAUCAUUGGUUUAUGAAGUUUAUAAGUCAUCAAGCUUGGUUGAAACAUUGUCUACCAUCUUGUUAUAUAAUGUUGGACAAAAAAGAGCAUAUUGUAUAGAGGACUGAUUCAGAUAUUUGGGUUUAAAGAUAAUGUGGUAGUAGACCAGUGAAAUGAAAUACUGCACUCAUGUUGCAGAAAGUAGCUUUUGCUUCAUAUCAAUUUUUGACUACUGCACUAUCCUGGAUUACAGCUGGCCAAAUGAUCUGGCCUAGAAGUUAACACUUUCAGUCAAAAAUUCUUUUGGAAAAUUGACCCACAAUGAAUAGCUUGCUAUGUAUGGCAUUUUCUGGGAACAGUUUAGACCGAAAGUUCUUUCAGUGGCGAGAUGGUAUGUGUAAGGUCUUUCAUUUGUGGACAGGUUUCAGAUUGUCUUUUUAUAUUUGAAGAAUAUUUGAUGGAAUGAAAGAUAUGUAAAAAGUGCAUUUUAGCUGAAUAUUACAGGAUAUCCUGGCUACUGUUUCAUUGUUUAUUGUACAAGGUGCAAUACAUAAAAAUGUUGACCAUAUCAUUACCUUCUUGCCUGUAUUAUUGUUAGAGCACAGUAUUAUGUCAUUUUUUUAGUGAAACACACGCCAUUGUUAAUUUGAAGGACUUGUUGACCUUCAAUGAUCUACCAAACUUCUCAGCAACUACAGAUCUCAGAACAUAGGCACUAAUAAUUUAUUUUUCAAACAAGGCAAGUGUCAGGCAUUUUGGAAUGUCUUUUUUCACCCAAGUAGGAACUAUUACCAGCAUGAUGGGAGGAUUCUUUAUCAAAAAUACACUGCAGUUGUAAAUAAUUUUUUGAUUGCCAACAAUUAUUUUGUAAGUAACAGAAAUAUUCUUAAAUACUUAAUUAGCCUAGCUAAUUUCAUUAUAAGUAUGAAAUUUAAUGCUUACAUUUGUAAAGUUAAUUUCAUGAAACAGUCUGAAUAAAAAAAAAAUUGCAACAGU